GGAGGAGCCUGCGCCGGUGCUAAUUGGCCUGAGUGGCGGCCCCGCCCGCGAGUGGCGGGCGGUCACGUGACGCGACGGCUGGGGGCUCCCGGCGCGGGGGACGCUGGUGGCCAAGAUGGCGGCGGAGCUGGUGGAGGCUAAAAACAUGGUGAUGAGUUUUCGAGUCUCCGACCUUCAGAUGCUCUUGGGUUUUGUUGGCCGGAGUAAAAGUGGACUGAAGCACGAACUCGUCACCAGGGCCCUGCAGCUGGUCCAGUUUGACUGUAGCCCCGAGCUGUUCAAGAAGAUCAAGGAGCUGUACGAGACCCGCUACGCCAAGAAGAACUCGGAGCCUGUCCCUCAGCCCCACCGGCCUCUGGACCCCCUGACCAUGCAUUCCACCUAUGACCGGGCUGGUGCGGUCCCCAGGACUCCGCUAUCAGGCCCUAAUAUUGACUAUCCCGUGCUCUACGGGAAGUACUUAAAUGGACUUGGACGGUUGCCUGCUAAGACCCUUAAACCAGAAGUCCGCCUGGUGAAACUGCCCUUCUUUAAUAUGCUGGAUGAAUUGCUGAAACCAACCGAGCUAGUCCCACAGAGUAACGAGAAGCUUCAGGAGAGCCCAUGCAUCUUUGCCCUGACGCCCAGACAGGUGGAGCUGAUCCGAAACUCCAGAGAACUGCAGCCUGGAGUGAAAGCUGUGCAGGUCGUCCUGAGAAUCUGUUACUCAGAUACCAGCUGCCCCCAGGAAGACCAGUACCCACCCAACAUUGCUGUGAAAGUCAACCACAGCUACUGCUCGGUCCCGGGCUACUACCCCUCGAACAAGCCUGGAGUGGAGCCCAAGAGACCAUGCCGCCCCAUCAACCUUACCCACCUCAUGUACCUGUCCUCUGCCACCAACCGUAUCACCGUUACCUGGGGGAACUACGGCAAGAGUUACUCAGUGGCCCUGUACCUGGUGCGGCAGCUGACCUCGUCAGAGCUACUGCAAAGGUUGAAGACCAUCGGGGUGAAACACCCGGAGCUUUGCAAGGCGCUGGUCAAGGAGAAGCUGCGCCUUGACCCUGACAGUGAAAUUGCGACCACUGGAGUGCGGGUCUCCCUCAUCUGCCCGCUGGUAAAGAUGCGGCUCUCUGUGCCCUGCCGGGCAGAGACCUGCGCCCACCUGCAGUGCUUCGAUGCCGUCUUCUACCUGCAGAUGAAUGAGAAGAAGCCCACCUGGAUGUGCCCGGUAUGCGACAAGCCGGCACCAUAUGACCAGCUUAUCAUUGAUGGGCUCCUCUCGAAGAUCCUGAGUGAGUGUGAGGACGCUGAUGAGAUCGAGUACCUGGUGGAUGGCUCAUGGUGCCCAAUCCGUGCUGAGAAGGAGCGCAGCUGCAGCCCCCAGGGCCCCAUCCUUGUCCUAGGCACCUCGGAUGCCAACGGUCUCCUGCCCGCCCCCAGCAUCAAUGGGAGCAGCACCAUGGGUGGCACAGGUGGUAGCAGUGGCUCAGUCAGUGGCACUGAGAACGGAAAGCCAGGAGCCGAUGUGGUGGACCUAACGCUGGAUAGCUCAUCAUCCUCAGAGGAGGAAGAGGAAGAGGAAGAGGAGGAAGAGGAGGAGGAUGAGGAAGGCCCCCGGCCCAAGCGCCGCUGCCCCUUUCAGAAGGGCCUGGUGCCGGCCUGCUGACCGCUGGCCGCUGGACACUCGACUUUCCUGGUGCUCACCACAAAGGGGGCGCAGGCCGGCCUUGGUGCAGAGGGGAGGAGUGGUUUUUUUUUUUUUUCCUUUUUACUGUCGUUCAUUUUGUUUUUCCACCCCUUUCCCUGGCUCCUGGCACCUGUACCUCUGGACUCUCCUAUCCGGGGAUUAAAAAAAAGUAAAAUGACAAAAAAAGGUACAAAAAAAA